AUGAAGUUCCCAAAGACAAAGGAAGAGGAGCCAACAGCUCCUGAGCAAAUAAUCAUCAGGAAGAGAUCCAAAGUUCCUGGUGUGAUGAUCACUCAGACUGUCAAGGAAGUUCCUCAAGGUAAAAGCCACCCAGAUUUCACACGCAAACCCAUCGCCCUGACUAUUCAAGAAGGAAAGAUUGCUGUUUUUAAAGCAAUCGUAACAGGGACUCCAACUCCAUCAGUAAGAUGGACUCGAAAUAAUGAUGACAUUUCUGACACAGAAAAAUACAUCGUUGUGUAUGAGCCAGUCACAGGAGAACACCAGCUACAGAUGCCUAAUGUAGCUGUAGACCAGGCAGGCACCUACAAAUGUUUGGCUGAAAACGAGUUUGGUCGUGCUAUUGUUACUGCAACAUUGAAUAUAAUUGAAGCUCAACGUGAACAAACAGCUGAUUUCAAAAAGAGCUUAAGAACUCGAGCUAAUCGCCCAAAAGAGGAGCGACAAGAUGGAGAGGUUGAUGAAAGGUUCUGGGAGCUACUGUUGAGUGCUGAUAAGAAAGACUACGAGCGUAUUUGUGCUGAAUAUGGAGUGACUGACUUCCGGUGGAUGUUGAAGAAAUUAAAUGAAAAGAAAAGAGAAAUAGAAGAACAGCAGGCACAGUACAUUGAAUAUCUGAGCAACUUGAGACAUAUUGACAUCAAAACCCCUGGGUGUGCACAGUUUGAAUUUGAAAUGGAUCUCAGGGAUCCCAAUGCCAAAAUCUUACUCUAUAAAGAUGGAGAACUGGUUGAAUUCAGUGCUGACACAAGUGAGAAGCACAGUCUGCGUCGAGUUGGCAGACGGUUCAUUUUCAGUGUCAGUGGUCUGUCUCCAGAUGAUGCCGGACUCUACCAAGUAGACGUUGAAGGAGUUAAUAUCUUUUCUACAGAUUUUAAACUUCCAAAUGUGGACUUCUUGGUAAAGAUUAGAGAGGUUACAGCAAUUGAAAGAGAGGAUGCAGUCUUUGAGUGUGUUCUGUCUGCACCAGUCCCAAAGAUCACAUGGAUGGGAAAGAGUGCUGCAUUGGCUCAAGGCCAGAAAUAUGACAUUACUGUGUCUGAAGAUAUGCUGAUCCAUAGAUUGGUGGUGAAAGACUGUAUGCUAGUGGAUAAGGGCAUAUAUGCCGCUGUGGUUGGAAUCAAAUCGUGCAACGCCUGGCUGAUAGUGGAAGCUGACAAUGACUCAGACAAGCGUGAAAAAAAAGUAGCACGCAAAACAACCCAGGCCGGAGGUAGUGGAACUGACUUGGAAAAGACUGCAACUGAGCAGCAAGCCAAGUUACAGAAGGAGAGGAAGGAGAGAAAAGCAAUGCUCAAACAAUGUCAGGUCGACCAGGCUGCACAGGCAAAAGAAAAUGACGCUGAGCCUCCUGUUGUGCUUCCACUCGAGACUCUUCUUAACCCUGUAGCACAACCUGCAGCUGAGCAAAUCCCACAAACCUCCCAGAAUAACAAAGUCAAGGCUAAAACCAAGCCUAAAGCUCAGCUCAACUCUGUCUCUAAAGGUAAGGUAGAAGAGCCAAAGGAGGAAGCAACAGAAGAGCCAAAGGAAGAAGUAAGAGAAGAGCCAAUGGAGGAAGUGACAGAAGAGCCAAAGGAGGCAGUGAGAGAAGAGCCAAAGGAGCAAAAAGGGGAGUUGGUAGAAGAGCAAAAGGAGUUAGAAGUAAAGAAAGUACCUCAAAAAGCAGUGAGUAAGCAUAAAGAAUGUGGACAAGUCAUGGAAUGUGAACAGCAUGAAGAGCCAAUAAGUGAAGAGCAAGCAGAGGAGAAGAAUAAGAGAGUCAGGUCAGGGCCAUUGAUCCCUGAUACUGUAAUUGACACAGGGGUUUACUUCACUAGUGGGCUGCAAGAUGUCAAAGCUAUUGUGGGCCAUUCAGCUGAGAUGGUGUGCAAGUUAAGCAACACAGACUAUGAUGGAGUGUGGUAUAAGGAUGGAAAGGAGAUAAAAUCUACAGAUGACCUGAUGACUGUCAGAGAUGGAGCAUUGCACAAACUGGUGAUUAAAAAUUGUACAGAGAAUGACAGUGGAAAGUAUCGCUUUGAGGCAGAUGGGCGUAAAACAGAGGCUCUGCUCAUUGUAGAAGACCCACCUAGGAUGAAUCAAGAUGACCUGACCAAGUUCUCACAACCUGUGAUCAUCAAGGUCGGCCAAAAUGCCACAUUCAAACUGAGCUUUGUGGGUCGAGAGCCAAUAAAAGUGCAGUGGUACCAUGAUGGUGAGGAGCUACUAGAAGAUUUUAACAUAAAGAUUGAAAAAUCCUUCAGCCAUAGCCGCCUACUUCUUACUAAGUGCCAGCGCAAAGACACAGGAGAGAUCAAGCUCAAGCUGAAGAAUGAAUUUGGGACUACUGAAGCUUUCUCCAAGCUCACUGUCUUAGAUAAACCUAGCAAUCCACUGGGUCCUGUAGAGUUAAUUGAAGCCUCAUCAUCAUGUGUGGAGUUCAAGUGGAGGCCUCCCAAAGAUGACGGAGGUUCGCCUGUGAUUUACUACAAUCUCGAAAGGCAACAGAUUGGGCGGAACACUUGGAAGAAAAUUGGAAAUACUGCUCCGGUGCCCCACUAUAAAGACACCGAUGUAGACCAUGGCAGGAAGUACUGCUACCGUAUAAGGGCAUUAACUGCAGAAGGCACCGGUGAUGUGUAUGAGACGGAUGACAUACAGGCUGGCACUAAAGCAUAUCCUGGUCCACCCUCCACACCAAAAGUUGUCAGCGCCUUUAAAGACUGCAUAAACCUGUCAUGGACCCCACCAACCAAAACAGGAGGAACUAACAUUGUGGGCUAUAACCUUGAGAAACGCAAAAAAGGCAGCAACCUGUGGAACCAAGUAAACCCUCUAGAGGAGCCAAUCAAAGCCAAACAGUAUGGAGUAAAAGAUGUUGUUGAAGGAACUGAGUAUGAAUUCCGUGCCAUAGCCAUCAACUUCUCUGGUGCAGGAGAACCAAGCUCUCCCUCUGACUUUGUGAAAGCCAGAGAUCCUAAAAAGCCUCCUGGUAAAGUUACUGAUCUGAAGGUGGCAGAUUCCACAUAUUCUACCUUGUCUUUGACUUGGACUAAACCAAAAGAGCAAACAGGGGUGCAAGAUGAAGCUAAAGGAUAUUUUGUAGAAUUAAGACCAGCAGAGAACACUGAAUGGACUAGCUGUAACUCCCAUGAAGUUAUCACAACUUCAUACACAAUUCAUGGUCUUAAGUCCAUGGCUAUGUACUGGGUAAGAGUAGUGGCAUCAAAUGAAGGUGGAGAUAGUGAACCACAAAACCUGGACAACUACAUCAUUGCCAUGCCCCCACCAGUCAAACCAAAAUUCACUGAUCGAAAAAUGAAGAGCUUUAUGGUGGUGAGAACUGGACAUUCUGUUCGGGUCAACAUUCAGUUUGAGGGUUCCCCAAUGCCCACAAUAAACUGGCUCAAAGACGGAAUGCCUCCAUUUAAACAUGUGACUAUAAGCAACACAGAAGGUACAUCUCAGCUCUUAAUUCCAUCUGCGGAGCGCUCUGAUACUGGAGUUUACACCAUUAUAAUCAAGAACAUGGUGGGCCAAGAGACCUUUAGUACUGAGAUUAGGGUCACAGAUGACCCAAAGUCUCCUGGGCCAGUGGAGCUGGAGGAAAAUGUUCCUGGCACAUUAACAGUCUGUUGGAGCCCCUCUCCUGAUGAGAAACGAGAUGACCGUCUGCACUACAUGGUGACCAAACGUGACUCAGUCAAGCAGACCUGGCACACAGUGGCUGACCGAGUGUUCAACAACAGCUUCACAGCUGUCAACAUCAUGCCAGGAAGAGAAUAUAACUUCCGAGUGUAUGCCAAAAAUGACAUUGGGCUCUCUGAACCUUCUGAGUCCCCAACAUGGGGGCGUGAGAGUAAGAAAGAAAAGUUCACCCUCAGUAUGCCUGAACCCAAGGCCUUUAACCUUGAGUCACCACCUACUUUUACAGUCCCAAUGAAAACACAUACUAGUCCAGAGAAGUAUGAAUGUCAUAUGAGUUGUGCUGUGAGAGGCAAUCCCACCCCCUAUGUGACCUGGUACCGCAACAACAUCAGUAUCAACACAAACACCAACUACUACAUCACCAACACAUGUGGUGUCUGUUCUUUAAAAAUACUAAGAGUGGGGACUAAAGACAAUGGAGAGUACAAAGCGAUUGCAGAAAAUUCUUUAGGUCGUGCUGAGUGCACCACUCAACUCAAAAUCAGAGGGUUGAAAACAUUUAUGACAUAG